AUGGCGCUGAACCCCGCGAGCAAGACGUUCUGGCGGGACCUCGCGCGGAAGGUGCCGCCGCGGACGGUUGCAGAGGUACAAGAGGAGUAUAACCGUGCUGUCAGGUCGCCUGACGCAGGGAAGGCGCGGCGCACGAAGUACGACGGGGCGCUGCGGGGCGAGGGCGGCGCGGAGGCGCUCACGGCGGCGGAGACGCGCGGGCUGCGGCGGUCGAAAGUCGCGCAGACGUUCCAGGCGAAGAAUGUGGCGCGGUCGGAGCAGUGGCGGCAGCGGGCGGCGAACGAGCGCGGCGCCGCGAAGCGUCUGCGCGUGGUGCCGGGGCGGGGGGUCGUUGAGGAGGACGCGUCGAGUGCGGAGGUGGAGGUGUCGGGGGGGGACAGCGGGAGCGAGGGGGGGAGUCAGGGUGAGACGGACAGGCGGUUGCGGGAGGGGAUGGCGGCGGCGGCGGUGGCGGACCGGAACAUAGAUAGGAUCGCGCGGCGGCGGCACGAGAACGCGAGGAGGGAGAGGGCGGCGGCCCAGGCCGGCGGCGGCGCAGGCGCGGUGCGGCCGGCGGCGAAGUUCAAGCCGGGCAGCACCGCGGCGGUCGUGAUGGCCGCGCUGCGGAACGCCGGGAAGGCGCGCGAGCAGUCGGAGGACGAGGACGACCGAGACGACUACUUCACGGACAACGAGUCGAGCCCUGACGCGGGGGAGGACACCUGGGGGGGGAGUUGA